AAUGAUUUAUCAAGAAUUGUUAUCUAGAACACCUCCCCCUGUAAACUGCUGAUCAUACAGAAAGUUUUAGAGAACAUGAGAGACCUGAUUUUUGUGAUUCUGUUUUACACUAUUUGCUACGAAAUUCUGUAAAACUUAAAGAUUGUUCAGAAAUCUCAGAAGUCUAGACACUGAUUAAAGAAAAGAAGAAUGAAGGUGACCAGUUCUAGUUUACUUGUCGUCUCCAACCGUCUUCCAUUCACACUAACUCGUGGCUCGGACGGAUCUCUUCUCCGUGUCCCGGCUGCAGGUGGUCUAGUUACAGCAGUAGCUCCAGUAGUUGUGCAAAGUAAAGGUUUAUGGUUGGGUUGGCCUGGGUUGGAUUUAUCUCCUGAAGAUAGUAUUCCUGAAUCUGAGAUAUCAGAUACUAGUCCUGCAGCUCUACUCACCAGUAAUCAGAUUAUUCCAAUACAUCUUACAAAGGAUGAGUUCCAGUUGUACUACAAUGGUUGCUGCAACGCAACCUUCUGGCCUCUAUUCCACAGUAUGCCUGACAGAGCUGUAUUUGAUGAAUCCUAUUGGGAAGCUUACAAGCUUGUUAAUCUCAAGUUUGCGACCUCCACUCUUCAAGCUCUUAGAAAUAUUAAAAAGGAUCCAGAUAAUAUUCCUGUAAUUUGGAUUCACGAUUAUCAUCUUAUGAUUGCAGCUACAACCAUACGUCAGGUUGCAGAGGAGGAAAACCUGCUCUGUAAAAUUGGAUUCUUUCUCCACAUACCCUUCCCACCUUGGGAUAUGAUCAAGAUCUUUCCCUGGCACGAUCAUAUACUCCAGGGAAUCCUGGGGUGCGAUCUGGUCGGGUUCCAUAUUGAGGAUUAUUGUAUCAACUUUAUUGAAUGCUGCCAGAGAGGGUUGGGAUGCAGAAUAGACAGGAUAGGGUUCCUGGUGGAGCAUGGAGGGAGAACGGUUCGGGUUCGUCCUCUCCCGAUCAGUAUUCCGUAUCUCAGGUUCGAGGAGUUGGCUAACAAAGCUCCAGACUCACAAUGGACCAGUCUUCAGGUUAUCCUUGGUGUGGACAGAUUAGAUUAUACCAAGGGAUUAGUAAACAGAUUCAAAUCCUUCGAACGUCUUCUCUCUGAUCACCCUGAAUACCUGGGGAAGGUUAUGCUAUUCCAGGUUGCAGUCCCGAGUAGGACGGAUGUCCGGGAGUACCAGGAGCUGAAGGAGCAGAUGGAUCAAUUAGUUGGAAAUAUCAACGGUAGGUUCUCAACAGCUCAAUGGUCUCCAAUCCGGUAUAUUUAUGGUUGUCUACCACAGUCUGCACUGGCAGGGUUCUAUAGGGAUGCUGACGUGGCGCUGAUUACUCCACUCCGGGACGGGAUGAACUUGGUGGCCAAGGAAUUUGUUGCCUGUAGAACAAAAGAACCUGGAGUUCUUGUUCUCUCUCCUUUCGCUGGAGCCGGAGAAAUGAUGAAUGAGGCACUUUUAGUAAACCCGUAUGAGAUUGGGAACGUAGCUAAAGUUCUCCACCGAGCUCUGUGUAUGCCCGGAGAUGAACGGGAACUGAGGAUGAAUUCUUUACGAAACCGGGAACGCAAACAUGAUGUUAAUUUCUGGAUGCACAGUUUUCUGAAAGCUAUUGGUGCUCUUCUAGAGGAAGACGGAGAAGAAAUCCUUCCAACCCAGAUGCAGCCGGUAGGGAUCCAGGAUUUUGAGGAGUAUCUUGGUAAGUAUGUCGGAGACAAUUCCAUCCUUGCUCUUCUCCUGGACUAUGACGGGACCUUGAGCCCUAUAGCUUCUCACCCAGAUCUAGCAACAAUCCCUGCUGAGACUAAGAAGGUACUGCAGAGGUUAGCUACUAUUCCAGAUGUGUUUAUUGGAGUAAUUAGUGGUCGUGGAGUUAAUAACGUGAAGGAGAUGGUUGGGAUCGAAGGGAUUACGUAUGCUGGAAACCAUGGAUUAGAGAUUAUUCAUCCUGACGGUAGCAAGUUUACUCAUCCUAUGCCCUGUGAGCUGGAAGGGAAGGUUGGAGUACUAUUACAGCAACUUCAAGAAGAAUGUUGUCGGGACGGAGCUUGGGUUGAGAAUAAAGGUGUUCUCCUCACAUAUCAUUAUAGAAACGUUGAGAGGAGUAAACAGGAACCACUUGUACAGCGGGCUCGGGAGUUAAUCAGCGCAGCUGGGUUUAAGAUUGGGUCAGCUCACUGUGCUCUAGAGAGUAAACCUCCAGUAGCUUGGGACAAGGGGAGAGCUUCCAUUUAUAUUCUUAGAACAGCAUUCGGAGUAGACUGGUCGGACAGAAUUCGAAUAAUCUACGCUGGAGAUGAUGUUACGGAUGAAGACGCAAUAUCUGCGCUCAAGGGAAUGUCUUUUACAUUCCGUAUCUCCAACUCCAACCUAACUCAGACCGGAGCUGACAAGCGGCUCCCUAGUACUGACUCCGUCCUAACCCUGCUCCGCUGGGUGGAGAAACAUAUGUCGGAGAGGAAACCAAGGAGCUCGGAGAGCAGAGAAAACAGAAGUCAGGUAGAGCCUGGAACUGGUUUGUUUGAGGCCCCGACCAGCUCUAUCUGCCACAUCCCUUCAUAAUCCAACUGAUAUAUUCCUAAACAUGGUUAGAAUAUAUAAAUAUAUUUACCAUCAUCCGAGAGAUAUUAUUGAUCCAGGAUUAACUUUCUUGCCCUGCAGUGCAGUGGCGGGAUAUUAUAUUAUUUUACUGUCCUUUAGAAUAGUUGUGAAAUACAACAUCUUGCGGAGAUUUUAAUUCUAGAAAUGAAUUCGUGGAUUUAAUCAUUCAAAGGACGACAAAAGAUCUGAUACCUCUUUUCAUAAUCUAAUAUAUCAUCCUUAUAUCUUGCAACCUUGGUGGCGUUAUAGACGUCUGCUUGUUCAAACUAUGAAUUCUGUCAAUUCUCAUAGUUGAUAAAUAUCAAAGGUUAACACCAUUAGGUUGCACAAAUUUGGGGAUUAGAAAAUUAGAGUUUGAGACAAGUGAUCAAUUCCUAUGUAAACGAUUUUGUUUUAUUUGGACAAUUUCUAGUUUGGAAGAACUUGGACAAUUUGGCCUUUAACCACCCCCCUGUCCUAUGUCUUGUGAGGGAACACUGGAAAACUGGAAAACAUUCCCUAAAGAAUAAUUGUAAAAAACAAAAAUGUUGAAAAUGACUGGAAUAAUGUAUAAUAUAUAUACAAAAUAUGUAUAUACGUACAUUGUAAAAUGUAUUUAUAUAUACAAGUUCAUUUGUUUACCUAAACAUGUGAUAUUAUGUACAUUUUGGACUUUAUGUAAUAAUAGUAUUAUGUAUAGCAUGACAAUAAACAUUUUACGCGUUA